CGCAGAGGGCGGCUGUGACCCGGCGGAAGCAGUUCCGCGGACUGCCCCGGAACCCACGGGGGCAGGCCGCUGGGGUAGGGGGGCGGCCCUGGAGCAGGGGCUGCGGCGCUCGGGAAGCACUUGGCUGCGGUCGCCGCGCUGCGGACAGGAAACCACUAAAGUUCCUGUGGAACCAGAGUAGAAUUUUAGAAGAACAUAAUGGAUGGAGAGGAGAAAACCUACGGUGGCUGUGAAGGCCCUGAUGCUAUGUACGUCAAAUUGAUAUCUUCUGACGGUCAUGAAUUUAUCGUAAAAAGAGAACACGCACUCACAUCAGGAACAAUAAAGGCCAUGUUGAGUGGCCCCGGUCAGUUUGCUGAAAACGAAACCAAUGAGGUCAAUUUCAGAGAGAUCCCUUCACACGUGCUCUCGAAAGUCUGCAUGUAUUUCACCUACAAGGUUCGCUACACUAACAGCUCCACCGAGAUUCCCGAGUUUCCCAUCGCGCCAGAGAUAGCGCUGGAACUGCUGAUGGCCGCGAACUUCCUAGAUUGUUAAAUAAAAUAAAUUAUAACAAACUGUUAAUUUUUCAGUAUUUAAUACUUGUAGUUCAGUUAGUAAUUUUUUCAUAUAUAGCAUGUUGCCUGUCUGCAGUUGAACUAUACAGUUAAUUGCAAAGCAGAUUAUCUUCUGUUUUUUGCAUAGCAGAGUUAUUUGUUUGCCACAUCAGCAAAUUAAGGACGUUUUCACAAACAGAAAUAAACAGAUAUGCCAAUUCGUAGGUG